GAGAUCAUCGAGUUCCUGUCGGCGCUGCUUUCCGGGAGCCAGAAGAAGUACGAGGAUGAGCUCCAGAAGUGCGUCGACGAGCACUUCUUGAUGCCAGCUGAGAAGAUCCUCGAGAAAGGUGACUUCACCUUGGACCUGGCCGCCCUCGCAGCGGCAAAGGCCGGCUCUGUCGUCCUCGCGACACCGACAGUGGAGCCAGAGGCCCAGGAGUCGGAGCCGGUCUCGGAGACUCCGCCUAGGCCGCCGCCGGAAGUUCCGGACGAGGUUGCCGUGCCCGAAGUGCCGCCGAGACCACCGAGGACAGCGCACUUCCCCGCCCUAGCCCUGUCCGAGAUUCAGGCUGACGUCCUCGACCGCCUUCCCGACCAUGCGUUCGAGUCCUCCUUGGCCUUUGCCCGGACACGUGUCUGGCCUGCUUUAAAACAUGUGAUUAUUGAAGCUCAUGGUCCAUGUUAUGUGCUCCUCCAUUGUCCAUUCAUUGUCCAAGGUGCUAAGACAGUCCAGAUCUGUGUCGACCAUGCCCCUGUCCUUGACCCAGAUGAUGCUCGAAGCGUCCUUCACGUCAUCGACAACAAGACUUUGGCGGUAAGCGACAACGAGACCUGCAAGCGCUACCCUUACAGGUUCUGUCCGGCUUUCGAUGGCCACCGCUUGAAGCAGGCGAUGAUCUGGGUCUUGGGCGACAGCGAGAAGGGCAAACCCUGCGUGUUCCGGAGCGCUGACGCCCUCAUCCUCUUUGACGGCCGUGGCCGGAAGUCGUCCUCCGAGCUGCAGAAGCUGAUCAAGGUCCACGUGAAAAACGUGCCCGCUUCGGACCUGCCUGCGAGGAAGACGGAGGCCUUUCGUGUGUUCUACCACAACCGCGAGUUCUUGGAGGACUCCGACUGCAGCUUGAAGAAGCGGUUUUCGUCAAAGGCGCUCCUGAAUCAGCUGCCGGACCACUUGGAAACAGGAACCUUCGUCCUCGGCCGCGACUUCCGGAAGAGCUUGCCCGUGAUCCCACGGAACCAGCUGCGUGGCAUGGCUGGCGUGGACUUGAAUCAGGACGUGGUCCUCGUCAACAACAAUGUCCACAGCAACAUGGCCUCAGCAAGCACUGUCGAAGAGCAUGGCGCUGCGGAGGCGACUGCGAAGGAAGCUGCCCCCCCGGCCACGGACGCGGCCGACUCGGGGACUGGCGAGUUGCUGUUCCCCUGGGAGUGGAACUCGCUCGUCUGGGAUGAAUUGUUCAACAGCUUCGCCCUCGACCCG